AUGGUUCUGGAGGAGCGAGACCUGUGGGAUGUCGUGAGUGGGGAGGUGAAGCUUGAGCACUGCGUGUCGACAUUGGACCAAGCAACGUUCAAGAUGAAGUCGCGUAAGGCACUGGCGAUCAUCUGCCUCGCAAUGGAGGAUUCGCAGUUGCCACUGGUGCGCUAG